AUGUACUCAAAUAUAAGUAUGACAAUAUCGUCAAUUCUAUUAUCCGUAAAAACCUUCUUAUUAUCGACAAUAGAUCGAAUUAAGACAUUUACCGUUCCAACAUCAGGCAAAUUUAAUAUAGUCAUAUUAUGCGGUGCGUUGAAUAUAUUUUUAUUCGGUGUUGGAACCUUGGUUAUGGGAGUAUUGAAUGAAGUAUACGAAGAUGUAUUAAUCGGAGUUUGCCAAAUGAUACCUAUUGUAGGAUGGCUGUGGUCCAUAGUUUGGGGUAUUUCUAUGAUUACACAAAAAAUGAAUGAGAAUAACGACACUUAUCAACCUAGCAGAUCCCUCAUCACCAGUGAAGAGCCCUAA